GCGUUUGCGAUCGGGGUACGGUACGGUAGCUCAUCAGGCCCCGGCCGGCGUGGUGGUGGUCUGGGCAGAGCUAGCUUGGCGAAGAUGAUGAUGAGCUGGAGCUGGUGUAAGACGACGGGGAGGCAUGAGGCUGAGGGUACCAAGAAAGGGAGCAGUAGCGCAGGAAGGGUUGCGGCGUGGCUCCUGCUGUCUCCUCUUCUUGUGCUCGUUGUGCUCAAGACUGACUUCCUCCCGACGGUUUCACGCACUGACACUGGUUUGGGCAAUGCGAAAUGGCAGCAGCAACAUUAUCCACAUGGCCCAGAAGCUGUAAAAGCAGACAUGGGAGGCUCCGCCAGCAGGCUAACCUGUAACCUGAGCAACCGCCACUCCGACACCUGCACAAUGGAAGGCGACGUGCGCAUCCACGGCAGAUCCGCGACGGUCUACGUCGUCGCGGCGGCGUCCAACCACCGGCGGCCGGAGAACUCCACGGUCACGGUCCGGCCGUACACGCGGAAGUGGGAGCAGGAGACCAUGGCGAGGAUCCGGGAGGUCACCGUGAGGUACACGCCGCCGCCCGCACCAUUCGGCUCCGGCGUGAUCCCGCCCAGGUGCACGGCCGUGCACGACGGCGCGCCGGCGGUGGUCUUCUCCACCGGUGGCUGCGGCACCAACUUCUUCCACGCCAUGAGCGACCUCGUCGUGCCGCUCUACAUCACGGCACGCGAGUACGGCGGCCGCGUGCACCUGCUCGUCACCGACUACCGGCCCGAGUGGGUCGCCAAGUUCAGGCCCGUCCUGGACGCGCUGUCCGCGCACCCGGUCGUAGACCUGGACUCCGACGCCGCCGUGCGCUGCUUCCCGGCGGCGCGUGUCGGGCUGGAGAGCCACAACGGGAUGCUCGCGAUCGACCCGACCCUCUCCCGCCACGGCUACACCAUGGUGGGGUUCCGCGACUUCCUCCGCUCCGUCUUCUCGCUGCCACGGCCGUGGGCGUGGUCUAGUAGUAGACCCGUAAUAAGCAGGCCCCCUCGCCUCGUCAUGGUUCUGCGGCGCCACUCGCGGGCGCUGACGAACGAGGCCGAUACCGUCGCCGCCAUGGAGGACCUCGGCUUCGACGUGGUCCCCGCGCGGCCGGAGGACGUCGCCGACAUGGGCCGCUUCGCCCGGGUGGUGAACUCCUGCGACGUCAUGGUCGGCGUGCACGGCGCCGGGCUCACCAACAUGGUGUUCCUGCCGCACAACGCCACCGUGGUGCAGAUCGUCCCCUGGGGCGACAUGAAGUGGGCUUGCUGGUACGACUUCGGUGAGCCCGUGCAGGGCAUGGGGCUUCGCUACGUCGAGUACGAGGUGACGGCGGAGGAGACCACGCUCAAGGAGAAGUACGCGAGGGACCACCCGGUGUUCACCGACCCCCAGUCCAUACAUCGCCAGGGCAAGGCCUGGGCCACCUUCCUCGAUGGCCAGAACGUCACUUUGGACAUCGACCGCUUCAAGGCGGCGAUGCAGCAAGUGUUUCAGUCCAUCACCACAGGGUAGUUAGUGGUGGAUCAGUAAUAUAGCAAAUAUUUUUGCUUUUCUUUGUACUAAUUACAUCAUAGCAUAUAUAUAUGGUACAUGAAAAUAAUGGCCGAGGUGUUGUUUUCGUAAUAA